UAAACGCCUUCGUUUGACAACACAAUCCGCGUAAUGAUUACCUCGGUGCUGUGUCGGCGUCCUGUCAAAGAGAAGAGAAAGAGGCUAGGGUGGGACGCCGGGGAUGGAGUGCAUGAAAUUACCAAUAUUUGGACAUUGUAACUUCAAACCGAUUAUCGCUGGUGUGAACGAACGAAUUCCAGACUGCGCUGUAAAUGUCCGAGAAACCGAGAGCCAAGUAUGAGGAAAGCAACCAGGCCAGUGGCAGGCGUCUCCAAAGCCACAGUCACCAAGGCCCAGACCGUUGAGAAAGUCAAGCCUGAGGGCGCCACCACCACCAUGGGCACAGCCGGCAAGAAUACAGCCAAGACCUCUGCCACCGCGCCACUAUCUAAGGCGAAGAGCAAUGAUGACCUGCCAUCAGUAACAACAGUAGGCAGUGGAGCCUCUGCUGGGAGCAGCACUAUUCCCAAGACGAAGAAGACUAGCUCUGCCCACUCUUCAAACUCCUCCACUACAGGUACCAGCAACCCAGAGGGCAAGACAAAGACCAACUCAGGCAAGCGUGGGACCUCCUCCAUGGUGAAGGAGCUUGGUUCAUCCCGGGAGGGCCUGCGGGAACGCUCCAGAACUUGCACCACCAGCAGGAAGCUCUCCGGACCCUCCGAUGCCUUGUCACCGCCCAAGAGAGUCCGCUGCCGGACUGUGACUGAGUCUGAGUCCCGAAUGAGCAAGUCCAAGUCGAACGGGCAGCUCAGCAACAAGACGGUCCUGGAGUGCAGGGUGAAGGACCUGCUGGGCCUGGCCAAGAGCAAAGACGUGGAGAUCCUCCACCUGCGCACAGAGCUCCGGGGCAUCCGUGUCCAGCUAGGCCUGCCCGAGGAGGAGGAAGAGGGUGGGGGGAGCAGAGCCAGAGAAGAAGGCGAGGGAGAGGAGACUGCUGAGGCUAAGCCUCCACAGGACCAGGAGAAGGAAGCCCCUACUCCGCUCAUCUCUGCAGAUGUGGAAUCCACUCUGCUCUUGCUACAGGACCAGAACCAGGGGAUCCGCGGAGAGCUGAACAUGCUGAAGAGUGAGAACCGCAUGCUGAAGGACCGGCUCAACGCCCUGGGUUUCUCCCUGGAGCAGAGGCUGGACAGCCCUCUAAAGACCCUGCAAGCCCACUGCUUUAACUCAGAACUUCCCCCAGCCCGCGAUGGCAGUGAUGGAGAUGGAGGGUGCCCACGGGCCUCUUUUUUACAGGAGGUCUCCCCACACUGCUCUGCCCGCGGCUCUACUGAAGACCUUCUUGACCCCCGGCGAGCCAUUUCCCCUGAGGCGGCUGACAGCGAAUGCAGCGAAGCCUACCAGCCAAUCACCUCCAGCGAUGAUGCCCUGGAUGCCCCCUCAGGUUCUGCCUCUGCCUGUGGCUCCUCCUCCGAGUCAGAGGGCGGGCCACCGAGUCACGGCGAGUGCUCCCGUAGAGGAAGCAGUGGCAACACCAGCGAGGUGUCGGUGGCCUGUCUAACGGAGCGUAUUCAUCAGAUGGAGGAGAACCAGCACUGCACCUCUGAGGAGCUCCAGGCCACACUACAGGAGUUGGCUGACCUGCAGCAGAUCACCCAGGAACUAAGCACAGAGAACGAGCGACUGGGUGAGGAGCGGACCAUCCUGGUGGAUUCCCUGUGCCAGCAGGGCGACCGGCUGGAGCUUUACUGCCGGCAGAUGGACUACUUCCGGGGCCUGCUGGACGAGCACCGUGUGGCGUACGCCCCGGCCGACGAGGAGGACACUAAGAGCGGCCGCUACCUGGAACUGGAGCGCCGCUACGUGGACCUGACACAGGGUGCCCACUUCGAGAGGGAGCAGCUUCUGGGGGUGCAGCAGCACCUGAGCGGGGCGCUGAAAAUGGCCGAGCAGGACAACGCCGAGGCCCAGGGCCUCAUCUCAGCGCUGAAGGAGCGGGUGCACAUGGCAGAGCGGCAGGCUGACAUGGAGCGCAGGGAAAGAGCGAUGGCGGCCGCAGAGCUGGAGGCCAUGAGGGAGGCGGCUGGGGGGGAGCAGGCGGAGCUGGCUCGGUGCAGAUUCCAGCUGGAGCAGGAGAGGCAGAGGGUGGCUGAGCUCUACUCCAUCCACAACGCCGGGGACAAGACGGACAUCCGCCACCUGCUAGAGAGCGAGAGGAGGGACAAGGAGAGGGCAGAGGCCGAGUCUGUUCAGCUGCAGGAGGACCUGGACCACACCCACAACGAGGCCGCCAAGCUACAGGACGACAUCCGCAAGCUGGAGGAGGACUUCCGUGCGUUCCGUGGCGAGGUGCAGAAGCAGUUGGCUGAGCAGAAGCGGGCCCUGGCCCAGCAGUGUUCUGAGCUGGAGGAGAGGGACACAGAGGUCUCGGACAUGAAGGAGACCAUCUUUGAGCUGGAGGACGAGGUGGAGCAACACCGAGCCCUCAAACUCCACGACAACCUCAUGAUCACAGACCUGGAGAACUCCGUAAAAAAACUACAGGACCAAAAACAUGACAUGGAGCGUGAGAUCAAGAUUCUGCAUCGAAAGCUACGGGAGGAGUCUAUAGAGUGGCGUCAGUUCCAGGCCGACCUUCAGACGGCGGUGGUCAUCGCCAACGACAUCAAGUCCGAGGCUCAGGAGGAGAUCGGGGACCUGCGGCGCCGCCUACUGGACACACAGGAGAAGAACGAGAAGAUGAGCAAAGAGCUGGAGGAGCUCAAGAAGCAGGAUGAAGAGAGGGGCAGAGUGUAUAACUACAUGAAUGCUGUUGAGAGGGACCUAGCUGCCCUGAGGCAGGGCAUGGGUCUCAGCCGACUCUCCUCUACCUCCUCUGAGCCCUCUCCAACCGUUAAGACCCUCAUCAAAAACUUUGACAACGCCUCCACUGCAGGCCCUGUCCCAACCUCCCCCACAGCAGCCGUGCCAGCAGUUACCACGAUGGUUGCCCGUACACCCCUCAGCCCCAGUCCUCUGAAAACCCCACCUGCUGCUGCUAUCUCUCCCAUACAGAGGCACACUGUGUCGACCCCCAAACCCCUGUCCUCCAUGGUGGAUAAAAGGUCCAGCUACACAGACCUCAAUAUGCCAGCAGAUCACCUGUUCCGGGCCUCCUCUGGGACCCGCACCCCCUCUGCCCUUCAGAGGGUCCCCAACAUGGACUCCUCCUCCAAGUCCCUCUCAGUGUCUCGCAGGAGCAGUGAGGAGCUGAAGAGAGACAUGUCUUCCUUAGAGAACACCUCCUCCCCCGCAGCCUCCUCCCCCACCGCCUCAGUCCCUCCCUCCACAAGGGGGCGCUUACGGGAGGGGAGAAAAGACGCCCUGUCUGCACUGGCCAGGGAGUACGGGGGAUCCAAGAGGAACGCCCUGCUCAAGUGGUGCCAGAAGAAGACUGAAGGAUACCAGAACAUCGACAUCACCAACUUCAGCAGUAGCUGGAAUGACGGGCUGGCCUUCUGUGCUGUUCUCCACACCUACCUGCCUGCCCACAUCCCCUACCUGGAGCUCUCCAGCCAGGACAAGAAGCAGAAUUUCACACUGGCUUUCCAGGCCGCGGAAAGUGUCGGGAUCAAGUCCACGUUGGACAUUGGAGAGAUGGUGUACACAGAGAGGCCUGACUGGCAGAGUGUGAUGACCUACGUCACGGCCAUCUACAAGUACUUUGAGACGUGACCCAUCUUCAAGCCUGAACACCUCGCUGCCCCGCACACCCCAGACUACAUUUCCAGCCAAGGCUGUCAUCGCAACACUGGACAACCUUAGAGCAACAUCAGCUAAUGCUACCUGCAAGGACUUCUGGGACCCUGAGUUCUACAUUUUAAGCGCUAUCGCUUCACUCCAUCCAAUAUUUUCCAUGUGUACACUGCAAUGUUCUACAAACUCUUGGCUUGGGACGCUCAUGUGGCUUCUCAGUUAGACUGAAACCCUCGAAGACUAUGCUAUGGAUAGACCGAGGCCCUGGGUAUUGGACAAUGUGUUGACCAUCUGUCGCUCAACUUUCCUUGGAUCAGUGACUUCCUGUAUACUCAAGUCUUUUGACCUCUUGACCCCAGCCCUAUGUGAACUCUGCGCUGUCAGCAGUAGCCUAUAAUAACGCCAUGAUUACCUCCAACACUACACUGCAAGUUAGGUAGUACAUGUUUAGCGAGCUGAAAAAUAAUGUGGGUAUGGAUUUGGAAUACUGCAGAGAACAGGACUGCGUUUUAAAAAUUGCUUUGCCCAGUUUGUCCGAGCAAUGACUUUAAUGGUAAGUGUGCCUUACCUGAUAGAGGGUCCAGCUUAACUGCAACGGUAGGUGUUGUGUACUGUUUUAGCCCGAUGCUUUGCUGUGAUGUACAUUAUCUCUUUGGAAUAUAUAUAAGUUUGGCAGAUGAAGAUAUCUUGAACUUCACAAUAGUCAGUGCCAUGUUAGUCUCUUGUUUGUCAUAAUUGGCCAAUACAAUAAGCAUUGACCAUUA